AUGGGAAGGGGGAGUGCAACUGCUAGUCUCCUACAUCUCCAACCAAAAGAGAAUCAAUUAACAAUCCCAAUAGUAAAUCCGAAAAGUCCGACACCUUUCCAAGACCUGUCAUAUCUCUUGAUUAGAAAGGGACCGGAUAUCAGUUUCAAAGGAACAGUCGAGACCAGAAACGCCCUAGCAACUUGCGGAUUUUGCUGUGAUGCGACAAGGAAGCAAGUCCCAAGCUAUAUAGUAGAAGUAUGUGGCCAAUUAGACCCAACGCUUGCUACUAGGACGAAGAAAGAGAAGAUGUCGUGGCUGCUCCCGGGCGGUAACCAGGAUCCAGCUAACCCCGCAGCGGCUCCGGACAUCGAUCUGGUCCGUCACAACACCUUAGCCGAAGGCCGCUUGGCUCCUUUGCUUAACUUCUUGAAGAGCUAUGAAGGGUCGAAGACUUCACUUGAGGAGUUUGCAGUGCUGGUGGUAUUCGCAAGCUGUUGGGAAUUGUUGCUAGCUCCAUUGAUGGUUACUUGUGUGUCAGAAGAACCUACAUUAUCUAAGUUAGAUGAGUCAUCGGAGUGGGCUGCAUCGUCGUCGGUUGAACUUCGAUCCUCUUCCGUAGUGUCGUCCUCACCCGAGUUAUCAAAUGCGGCGCUUGGGGAUUGUGGUCGGCUGUGCGCAGCAUCUUGUCGUUCUCUUGCUGGUGUCUAG